UGUGCCUUACUUCACCGGUGGAGCAGAGGAGCGCAGCAUUGCACAGAGCAUGUAGCCGAAACUACAUCUGACUGCGGUGCUGAAGUUUUUUGGAUCUCAGACGUGCGGUAUAUACUCGCAGGUGAUUUCUUCUUUUUAGGAAUACUAUCAACAUUUAGAGCUGCUCUUCGACACUCAACUAGUUUGAAGCUAAAUGACAAGUAGGCAGCGAAACAGAACCACUCAGUGAUACUCGGGGCACUAUGGAGAUCAAUAAGGGAUUACUUCGCUGUAAGAUUGUUGUGGUCGGCGAUACGCAGUGUGGCAAGACGGCUCUCCUUCACGUUUUCGCCAAAGACUCGUACCCAGAGAAUUAUGUUCCCACUGUGUUCGAGAAUUACACAGCCAGCUUCGAGAUCGACAAACAGAGGAUCGAGCUCAACAUGUGGGACACUUCAGGUUCGGCCUACUAUGACAAUGUGAGGCCAUUAGCGUAUCCUGACUCAGACGCUGUCCUCAUCUGCUUUGACAUCAGCCGUCCGGAAACACUAGACAGCGUGUUGAAAAAGUGGCAGGGGGAGACGCAGGAAUUCUGUCCCAGUGCCAAAGUGGUGCUGGUCGGGUGCAAGUUGGACAUGAGGACGGACCUCAACGUCAUGAGAGAGCUUUCCAAACACAGACUCAUUCCUGUCACCCACGAACAGGGCUCUACUUUGGCAAAGCAGAUCGGUGCCGUGGCCUACACAGAGUGCACCUCAAGGUAUUCCGAGAACAGCGUCCGUGAUGUUUUUCAUGUCACUACCCUGGCAUCUGUAUCCCAUAUCCAUCGGCCUCAGCUCAAACGUGCUGGAUCACGUCACGGACUCAAGCGGGUCUCCCAGCAGCCGCCCCGGACUGAGAUUCAUGAGCACCCACCUGCCAUUAGAAAGGCCCGGGCCAAAAGCUGCGUGCUCAUGUAGGACCAGAGUCUAACCAGCAGCUGGCCUGUGUUUGCUGAUGGACAUGAAACCAUACUGCACAUGAACUUAAUUUAUUGGUGAAUUCUUGUCAGAUCUUGCACUGCAUAAAGGACAAUAUGAUCAAAACAAGAAACAAUGCUAUCUUAUGGAGUUCUUUGAGGAAUUGUUUGUCCAUCUUUAGCAAAACUCUCCUUGUUAUUUUUUCACUGUGGCUGUGUUCUCAUCAGCAGAGGUCAUUGUUGUGGCAAAAGCAAUUUUUCCUUAACGCUUUAAUUUAAACAAGUGGACAAAAAUUGACAUGGACACAAGCAGGGUGGUUAGCAAAUGAAACAAGGACAGAACAAAUGUGACUAUGGAGAUAAAAGUAAAUAAAUAAUAAUUGGAAAGAUCACUUUGCAGGAACCAGCAGUAACAGUGCUGGUCUUGAUCUUGUUAUGUUGUUUCCUGUUUUGAAAUGCUGUUCUCUCUUUAAGUGUUUAAAUAAAUGAAGCACAAUACGAUGCACGCAAACUGCUUCGAGUUAUUCGUAAAUGUCAGAGAAUUAACUCUGCUGUUCCACUUCAUAUAUAACAAGUUGAAAAGAAAAUCUGGACAGACAAACAAACUGGGCUGAGAUGACACUUAACUUUCUUAAACCACAAGUGCUUUUAAUAUUGAAAAUGGAAUAAUCACUCACCACAUAAGACUAAAGUGUUGUGAAAUUAAUAUUGUCCUAAUAAUCCACACUGGGAAGGAAAAUCACAGAGGGAGUAAAGGGGGUAACUGGUAUGUUGUACAUGUGAUAAUGAAAUAAAAAUACUUGCUCUGCUA